UGUUUGUGUUCCGAGUGUGACAGUGGUGUGUUUUAUAUGUGUGUGUUCAGAGUGUGGAGAGCACACAUGUCCUGGCUGCUGUCCUCAUGUGGUCCUCUGACUGACCAACUGACCGGCUGACCGACUGACCGGGUCCGGCUCCACUCCUGGACUCAGAGAACGGCGCGGAAGGAACUGUGACAUGUGACUGUUUCAAGACGAGCUGAGUCAGCCCUCUGCAGAACUAUGGAUGGUCCAGCAGUCCCCGUGAUGUCCUCAGUGCUGGCCAACAGCAGCGCCAACGCCACCUGUUCCCGUGACAACGUGCUGAAGACGACGGUGUUCCCGGUGCUCUACUCGUUCCUCUUCCUGGUGGGCCUGUCGCUCAACGGCCUGGCGGUGUGGGUGUUCUUCAGCAUCCCCAGCCGCUCGCACUUCAUCAUCUACCUGAAGAACAUCGUGGUGGCCGACGUGCUCAUGACGCUCACCUUCCCCUUCAAGGUGCUGGCGGACGCCAACCUGGCGUCGGUGGGCGCGCGCGUCUUCGUCUGUCGCGUCUCGUCCGUGCUCUUCUACCUCACCAUGUACAUCAGCAUCCUCUUCUUCGGCCUCAUCAGCGUGGACCGCUGCCGCAAGACGCUGCGCCCGUUCGUGGGCACCAACGCCGCACGGCUCAAGCGCCGCAAGCUCCUGUCGGCGGGCGUCUGGGUGACGCUGCUGGCGCUGGUGGUGCCCAACGUGGCGCUGACCAGCCGCCCGCCGCUCUCGUCCCGCUUCAAGUGCAGCGACCUCAAGACGGAGUUCGGCCUGCGCUGGCACGAGGUGGUCAACCACGUGUGCCAGGUGAUCUUCUGGGGCAACCUGGUGACGGUGGUGGUGUGCUACACGCUCAUCACCAAGGAGCUCUACAACUCGUACGCCCGCACCCGUGCCACCGGCGCCAACCUCCAGCCCACCCGCGCGGCGGGCACCGUCCGUGGCGCCCAGGGCAGCGGCGGCGGCGGGCGUAAGAAGAGCGUGCGUGCCAACGUGUUCCUGGUGCUGGCGGUGUUCUUCGUGUGCUUCGUGCCCUUCCACUUCGCCCGCGUGCCCUACACCAUGAGCCAGACGCGCGGGCGCCUCUUCGACUGCCGCCAGAAGCUGGUGUUCUUCCAGCUCAAGGAGAGCACGCUGUGGCUGUCCUCGCUCAACUCGCUGCUGGACCCGCUCAUCUACUUCUUCCUCUGCAAGUCCUUCCGCACCUCGCUCUUCAGCACGCUGCGUCUGGCGCCCGGGCGCUGCCGCAAGCUCCGCGAGCUGGGCACCGACACCAACACGGGCACCACCCACCACAGGGAGUCGUCCAGCCCACUGUGAGAGCAGGGCAGUGGGCACCAACACGGGCACCACAGGGAGUCCUCCAGCCCGCUGUGAGAGCUGGGCAGUGGGCACCAACACGGGCAGUGGGCACCACAGGGAGUCCUCCAGCCCGCUGUGAGAGCUGGGCAGUGGGCACAGCCGUCAGCUUCAGUCUGGUGUCUUCUCAUGCGUCUAAAGCCUACCUUACACUGACAGACUUUGACAAGAUUUUGGGAAAGAUUCAAUAUGAAAGGUUGUAGUCUUUUAACUAAUGCCCCUCAUUCAAGCUUUACUCAAAAAGACUACAAUCUUUCAAGAAUCUUUCCCGAAUUUUGUCAAAGUCUGUUAGUGUAAGGUAGGCUUUACUCUCUCUCCUCAUCUAAGACAACUACGCAGCUAUGCACAAUGAAGGUGCCUUAUGGAGAGAAUGUACUGUACAUAUAUUAAUCAUGUUUUAUCAACUGUGAGUGAAGAUGUCGUAACAAACUAAACAUUUGCUGAUUUUCUCAGUUGUCUAUAACAACCCUUAUAGUUUUCUAUGUGAAGUCAGGUGUGGUUUACCCACUGAAAUCCAGUCUAUGCUCAUCUCUUGUACAUUGAAAACAGAUCAUGAGGGGAUACCCAGUGUGUUGAAAGACGAUGACAAGGGGUGCUAACCAAACACAAGUGGCAAGUUAGGGGUGAGUCUGUAGGCAUUGAUACAAGACGAGUUGAGAGUGAGCAAUGAAGUCCAUCGUGUGUUUGUAGACUCUUACGGACUGCUGUAGUACCAGGGGACCAGUCUAAUAAUCAUAAGUUAAAAUGACUAAAACACACUGGACAUCACGGGGAACUUUGCAUACUAAUUAGCACAUAUUAUUUGAGUGUCCUCUGGUGUUCCCCCCAGUGUUGAAGCUCUCUCUAUCCACUGCAGCUCUGGGGCGAGACACUUAGCCAGGUGUGGCUCUCCAUGGUUGACCAUCGUAGUUUUCUACCAAGAAAAUGCAAAAACCACGAGACCAUUGGUUAAUCAGAUGGAUCUGAUAUGUAGGUCUGCCCACCUCAGACAGCGCACAUAAGCACAUAUCACACUCCUUUAGCAUAACCGACCGAGACCAAAACUGGGGACAUGUGGAAAAAACGGGGACAUUUCAGUUUGACUCACAAUCUGAUUGAGAUACAUACAACUUUUAUCUUCAAAAAACGGGGACAUAGUUUUCUGUAUUUUCCCGGGGACAGGCAACCAAAAACGGGGACUGUCCCCUGAAACCAAGGACGUCUGGUCACCCUACUUUAGCAUGGCCUCUUCAUAUGUUUCCAUGGUCCUCUGCUCUGUGUGCCUUACUGAACUCACUAAUGGCGCUCUGGGUUAGUUGGACUCAGUUAACCAGCUGCUGACCGAACUGUCUGUGGACAUCUCUCCUCAUGGAAAACAACAGAGUGUUCUGACUGAGAGUUGUCCAGGUCUGUGUAGCCUCAGGUUAUGCCAGCCAAACAGGUGUCGUCCAUGAUGGUCUGUGUUGCCUGGACAUGCCUGGUCUGCACUAUGGAUAUCCUUACAGGGCACAACCACUGCAUCAGGAAAACAUGAGUCAGCGCCUCAUGGAUCAGGAACUCUCUCUCUUGACCCAGCACAGACAGGCACUUACGUCUAAAUCGGGAGAAAGUGUUGAGUUGUGUGGAAUGUCUUCAAAACAUCGCUGAGAUGUAUCGCCUGGCUGGGAACCUGCCAAUGUGCAUGUGCUUUCUCCAUUAUGUCAAAAAAAGGAGAGGCAUGUAUCCAUAUGUUUCUAAUUAAUUUCUAAAAUGCAUUCACGUUAUCCUGUCUUUGAUUUUAGUGUUGUACUGUUGUGCAUUCACAGUGUAAGUUCUAUUAAGAGCAAAACAAAUGUAAUGUCACUUACGCCCCUUUGGUUCUCAGCCCUCGAUUUAUUGUCCACACCAUCCCCUAGCUGCCUGUUCCCCUGAUCUGUAAAAAAAAAGUUGCACGGGAGGGAUGGGGAGGGGCGAGCUAGCUCUCUGUUUUGUUUGAACGGAAGUGAUGUUAAUAAUAUUGCUUAGAGAUGUCAAUAUUGCUUAUUGUCUAAUCAAUAUAUAUGUAACAGAUCAAUAAUCAGUAACACAGUUCACAUUCUUAACAUAAAUAUGUGCAAGUUAGCCAUAUGUAAGACUAGAUGUGUUGGUGAACAGACUUUUUUAAUUUGUUUUUUUAAAAAUGUUUAGCCCAAUGCCAUGGUAGUUAAAUAAAACUCAAGAUGAAGAUA